ACCUGAGUUAUGUUGAAAAAAUGGAGUUAGGGAGGAAAAUGGUUAAAUAUUGUGGGGGCCUUCCUUUAGCUGUGGUUGUUCUUGGAGGACUUUUGGCGACGAAAGAGACCUUGAGUGAGUGGGACAUGGUACACAAAAAUGUUAAGUCACAUCUAAGCAGAGGCAAAAGCACCGAACAUGGUGGGCGAGUGGUAGACAUAUUAGCUUUAAGUUAUGAUGACUUACCAUAUCAGUUGAAACCAUGUUUUCUUUAUUUGGGCAACUUCAAGGAAGAUUCUGAAAUAGAAGUAGAGAGAUUAUAUCAAUUGUGGAUAGCUGAAGGUAUGGUGCCAUCAGAUGAUAGAUUAGAAGAGGAAACAAUGAUGGAUGUAGCUGAACGUUACUUGGGUGAAUUAGCACAUAGGUGUAUGGUUCGAGUGCAAUUAGAGGAGGAGUCAACCAUUAGAAAGUUUAUAUCUUGUCGCCUUCAUGAUCUAAUGAGAGAGCUAUGCUUGUCCAAGGGAAAAGAGGAUAAUUUCCUCAAGUUCAUUGAUUAUCAGCAUGGAGAUGAUGAUGAGCAAGUGGAAUCCUAUGCUUCAACCAAUAAUACUCGUAGACUUGUCAUUUAUUUGGGUGAGGAGGAUGUAAGUCAAUAUGUUCCCCCAAAAAAGGAAACAGUCCGGCACCUCCGAUCACUUUUGGUCUUUGUAUCAGAUGAGUACGAGGGACGUAUGUCACGGAUGAUGAAAUCUCAAUUUAACAAUUUCAAGAUGCUCAGAGUUUUAGCUAUUGAAGGAUUAUCAUCAAAUCUUACAGACACAUAUACUAUUGAGGCUCUUGGUGUGAUAAUUGAUCAUUGGAAGUUAUCAAAAGGAAUAGGUAAUCUAAUCCAUUUGCGGUACCUGAGUUUGAGAGGGUCUGCGUGCGUUAAUUUCCCAUCAUCUAUAGGCAACUUAAAAAACUUGCAAACCCUUGAUUUAAGGAUUGAUAUCCUAUUUUUAUGGAAUGUAAAUGUGCUAAGAAAGAUGGGAAGACUAAGACAUCUAUAUCUUCCACAUUUUUAUGACAUUGAUCAUAUGUUUGUAGUAGAAAAAGUACGGUUGGAUGACUUGAGCAAACUGGAGAUACUCGAAAACUUCGAUGCAGCUUAUUGUGUGGUUAAAGAUCUUUUCAAAUUAAUCAAUCUUCGAGAAUUAACAGCACGUGUGGAGAAACUUGAGGACCUGCGAGCAAUCAUGAAGCAUGUAGGAAACAUCGCUCCGAACCACCUCCGGAACUUAUCCCUCCGUAUUGAAUGCAGAUUUUGUUCUGAAGAUGAGUUAACUCUCCUAACCCAAUUGUUAGGAUGUCCUCUACUUCAGAAGUUGGAAAUAGUUGGGCUUAUAGGUAAGUUACCUGAGCACACCCAUUUUUCUUCAAGCCUUACCCAAUUGUCUUUGUAUGGAUCUGAACUUGAAAAAGACCCUAUGGCAACGUUGGAAAAGCUUCCUAAUUUACACAAAGUCGACUUGGGGAUCGACGUCUUUAUUGGGGAGGAAAUUGUUUGCUCUGCUAUGGGCUUUCCACAACUCAAAAAUCUAGAAUUGUGGCUAUUUCCGAAUUUACAAAAGUGGAGGGUGGAUAAAGGAGCCAUGCCCAAUCUUUCUACUUUGGAAAUCCGUUCUUGCAAAAAAUUGCAGAGGGUUCCGGAGGGAUUGAAGUUCGUCACUACUCUUCAAGAGUUGGUAAUUGGUGAUAUGCCUAAUGAAUUCAACGAAAGGAUUCGAAUUGUAGACGGGCAAGAAGGAGAAGAUUUUGACAGAGUCCGACACAUCCCUUCCAUCGUCAUUUGGUGA